CUCUCUGAGAUUUGCAAUAAAUACUUGACAAUUUCCCUUGGGUUGUUCAUCAAUACUUGAGUCUGAAUCUUAUUGAUCACAGUAGGAGCAAUGGCAGACGAGAUUAUCUUGUUGGAUUUCUGGCCUAGCAUGUUUGGUAUGAGGGUCAGACUUGCCCUGGCAGAGAAGGGCCUCAAGUAUGAAUAUAAAGAGGAGGACCUUAGGAACAAGAGCCCUCUGCUUCUUGAGAUGAAUCCAGUUCAUAAGAAAAUCCCGGUUCUGAUCCACAAUGGAAAGCCCAUUUGUGAGUCUCUGAUAAUAGUUCAGUAUAUUGAUGAGGUUUGGCACGAUAAAUCUCCGCUUUUGCCUAGUGACCCAUACCAGAGAGCUCAGGCCAGGUUCUGGGCGGACUACGUAGACAAGAAGCUCUAUGAACUUGGAAGGAAGAUAUGGUCAACCAAAGGAGAAGAGCAGGAAACGGCCAAGAAGGAAUUCAUAGAGUGCCUCAAGCUUCUGGAAGGAGAGCUUGGAGAGAAGCCUUACUUCGGCGGUGAAAAAAUUGGGUUUGUGGAUGUGGCUCUGGUGACCUUCUCUUGCUGGUUUCAUGCAUAUGAGAGCUUUGGAAACUUCAGCAUAGAGGCGGAGUGUCCCAAGUUGAUAGCUUGGACCAAGAGGUGCAUGGAAAAGGAGAGCGUGUCGUCUUCUCUGGAAGACCCACACAAGGUCCAUGGCUUUGUUAUGGGGAUGAGAAAGAAGCUUGGCAUAGAAUAACUAUUUAGUAGUGUUGUUAUGGUAAUAUUAGAUAUAUGUGAGUGUUUGGCUGUUUGCUUAAGUUUUUGCUUUGAAAUUGUAUGGUUACUAUUUGCAGUUGAAAUCCCUUUUGAGGGUUGGUGGGUUUGCUGAGGUGUGUGGCGUGUGGCUGGAAAGAAAUGUUUUUAAUUUGUUUUCAUUUGUUUUGGACUGGACUAGAGAGGUGUUCUUUGUAUUCCAUCAUUUCAUGUCACAAAAAAGUAUCUAUUAACACAAGUUGGAUAA